AUGAUGCCUUACCUUUCAUCCGUCAAAGCAAAGAGAAAGAUGGCUGACAGUGUUUCAGAGUCAGAGUCCCCCUCCAAACCAUCCAAAGUCACCUUCCUGAGCCCCUCUCUUGUUUUACUGGAAAUCCCGGCUAACACCAACACCAGCCUCCCAGUGUGGGAGGCCAUGAGAACCCAGCAGGUUGACAUCGCCUGGACCGUCAACCCCUACAGCAUCAGGGUGCAUUCAAACCCUAUGACCUCUAAGCAGGGGGAGGGUACAACUUCCACCCAACUUGAUAGCACUUCCACCUUAGUGCUUCCUUCCACUUCUGGGAAGCCACGGAUGCUGAUCCAGUGUCUUUCCCCACAGCAGAUCAUUCUCUGUCCUUCUGAAAACAGCACCCAAUUUCUACCAAGCCCUCCAAGUAAACCACAGAACUCACCUUCAACCCCUACACGGGAUGACUCCGUCAUCGUUCCCCUGCCUCUCAUCAUCACCUCACCUCAGCCUCUCCACCAGACCACCACCCUGACUAAGAAACAGGUCUUGCCCUCCAUCAACACCCUAAUAACCCGCACCAAGCCGCAAGCCCUCUUUAUAGAGCCUUCCCCCUCUCCGUUCCACACAAAGAACUCCUCUGACAUCCAGAUCUGUGACAACUUCCUCCUAAAUGUUUGCCACGCAGGGAAAAAGUGUAACAAGCACCACACUCCCUACCCGUUUCACUGGCAGCUGUGGUGUGAGAUCACCAGCAAGUGGUUCGACAUCCCCCAUCGCUCUCAGGUCUUACUGGAGAGGAUCUACUGCGAUGUCAACCAGCAGGUCAUUUGCAUCAAGGAUGGGCAUGCCAAAUACAGUUUGGACUUUUCUGUGAUGAAGUUGAACUCGUAUAAAUAUGGUGACGUUCGACGACUGACUAACUCUGACAGUCUGAUGGUGAACCCUUUCUUUCCCAGUAAAUGGAAAAUCUACUGGUUCAACUGCUUCAUCUGGAAGGAAUACAGCCAGGCUUUGUCCAACGUUCUGCUGAAUGCGAUGAGUGAAAAGAAGCCAGAAUGUACUUUUUUUAUUGGCUCAUGGAAAUACAAGAUGGACUUCACUACCAUGGUCCAGACCAAUGUCACCACAGGGUGUUCUAUAGAAGUCCGCUUGAGACCCGUCUACCACUCCCCCAAUUCCAUGCAGCCUUACCUGAAGACAGGGAUCCAGAGUGAGCCAGCCGAGCCUGUCAGUGAUCCCCCGGGGGCUGACUUGAGCGUGGACCCUCUGAAGGAGUUCAGCUCCUGGUAUCCUCCGGUGUGGUCUCUGGUCUCAGAGCAGGACUUCAGCCUGGUGGAGCUUCCUGCAGGCACACCGGCCUAUCGGAGCAUCCAAAACUUCUUCUAUGAGACCCAGCCUGAGACCGAGGUGGACAUCCUCAGCAUCCAGCAGGUGGAGAACCUCCUCCACUGGGACAAAUACCAAAGGCAGAAGGCCCACAUGCAGAAGCAUCAGGCAGAUUCUACAGAACCUCUGGAGAGACAUCUGUUCCACGGGACCAGAAAAGAGGCCGCGGAGGAAAUCUGCCACAACAACUUUGACCCUCGCAUAGCCGGGCAAAACGGGGCGUCCAACGGUCACGGCUCCUACUUCUCCAUCUCUGCCUCCUACUCCAACACCUACUCAGCGAUGGGGCUGCCCAACGGGGUCUGCCACAUGUUCAUAGCCAAAGUGCUGGUGGGGAACGUGACUCAGGGAAGGUUCGGCUAUCGCCGGCCGCCGCCAAUCAUGUCCAAGACGAGGCCGUUCGGUCGCUACGACACCUGCGUGGACAACGUGUGCAACCCCAGCAUGUUUGUCGUUUUUGAUAGCUGUCAGUGCUACCCAUACUACCUCAUAAAGUACAAAGAACUGCCCAAAGAGAUUGAAAUUUGA